AUGAACAGCAAGGUGUUCAGUGACUGGAUUACGGGCGUAAAUGCGGACAUGCGGCGUCAGGGUCGUCACAUACUGCUGAUGUUAGACAACGCUACCUCACAUGGAAAAGAAGAAGACCACCAGCUCUCUCAUGUCAAAGUAAAGUUUCUCCCUGCGAACACCACCAGCCACCUGCAGCCGCUUGAUCAAGGCACCAUCCAUGCUUUCAAGGCACUCUACCGACGGCGACAACUGACAUCGCUGAUCAGUAAGUUAGAGAUAGCCAGCAGCUUUGAGGGAGUUGGGUUUAAGGUUUCAAACCAGCGUGAUGGCGAUGAUGGUAACGAUGGGAUUGGGAAUCAUGGUGAUGAUGACAAUGAUGAUGAUGACGACGUGCCUCUGGCGGUCUUGGUACGUGAGCUGGCAUUGCAGAUGGCAGACUUCGAUUAA